AUGUGCAAGGCGUGGCUUGAUAACAGCGCGGAAGACUGCACCGGCUGCCGGGCGCUCCAGGGCGACGCCGAGGCAUUCGCGGACCUCAUCCUUCCAGAGGGCUAUUGGCGGGAUGUUCUGGCUUUCACGCGUGACUUUCGCACUAUCGAAGCUACGUCCGUCGCCGAGGUUGCCAAGGCCGUACUCCCGAAGAAUAAGGCGAAGGCGUUUGUCUUGUCCACCACUACGCCACCUGCGCUCGAGAGCCCAUUCCCCGACGUCACCUGGCUCCGCCUUCAUUUCAACUUCGAGACGGCCCUCGGCAAAUGUACUGGUAUCGCUCGGAUUGUGAAGGCCGGGGACUCAUGGCGGGCCUACACGGUUUAUACGCUGCUGGAGGAGAUCCACGGAUGGCCGCAGGCUGUGGGCCGCAACCGGCCGUACGGGAAGCACAACGACCGCGAGCCGCAUGCUGUGCGUCGCGCGCGUGAGACUGAGUUCAAGGACAAGGACCCCGACGUUCUCAUCAUUGGUGGUGGACAUAACGGCCUCGGGUGCUCGGCCGUUCUGCGCUCGUUUGGCGUCACCUCGCUCGUGGUCGACCGCUUUGAGAAUGUGGGAGACAACUGGGCUAAACGAUAUGCCAGCCUGUCGCUGCACGACCCCGUGUGGACCGACCACAUGCCGCUAAUGGAGUAUCCGCCUAACUGGCCCGUGUUCAUGCAGGCCGGCAAGCUGGCGACGUGGCUGCAAGCUUACGCCGAGGCGCAGGAGGUCAACAUCUGGCUGCAGAGCACUGUAGACCCAGCCAAGACGCGGUUUAACUCCGCCACACAGCAGUGGGAGCUGACGAUCCUGCGCAACGUGGACGGCAAGAUCGUGCCCCGCGACGUCAAGGUUAGCCACGUGAUCAUGGCGACAGGCUUAGGCGGCGGCAAGCCGAAGUUUCCGCCAGCGUUCCCCGGCCAGGCGGAAUGGCCGGGCACGGUUGUGCACUCGUCGCAGCACAAAGGUGGCAAGGAGUGGCAUGGCAAGCGCGCACUCGUAGUCGGCGCAUGUACGUCGGGGCACGACAUCAGUGUCGAUCUCGUCAAUAACGGCGUCGACACGACCAUGCUCCAGCGAUCGCCCACGUUCAUUAUGAGCAUCGACAAGGGCCUUCCACUCCUCGACUCGGGGCUGUUCACCGAGGCCAACCUCGAGAACAUGUCCGUCGAGACGGCCGACCGCAUCGCCGACUCGAUGCCGAAGCAGGUGGCCAAGCUGUUCCACCAACGCAUUGUAAAGCAUCUCGCCGUCGAGGACAAGGAGAUCCUCGACGGCCUCAAGGCCGCGGGCUUCAAGACGUACCCAGGCCCGGAGGGCUCCGGGUGGCUCUUCCUUGCGUACGAGCGCGCGGGCGGAUACUACUUCACCGCCGGCGAGGGCUCGGGAUCGGACAUGAUCGCCAAGGGCAAGAUCAAGGUCAAGGGCGGUGAGAUCCGCACGUUCAACGGUGAUGGAAGCAUCACGUUCACGGAUGGCGACAAGCAGAAGUUCGAUCUCGUCAUUUUUGCGACGGGGUACACGGGCUUCCCUGACACCGUGCGCGAGACGCUCGGUCCCGCUGCGGUCGACAAGCUCGGCAAGAUCUGGGGUCUUGACCAGGAGCUGGAAGUGAACGGUGUUGCGCGCGAUGCUGGACUUCCGCGCGUCUUCUUUACAGUUGGCAACUUUAUGAUGUCGCGCUGGUUCUCCCGGCGCAUCGCGCUGCAGGUUAUUGCUCAGCGGGAGGGCAAGUGGGAUUAGCCGAGCCGGUUAUGAAGGAAUGUGGC